AUGGAUAUGCUACGUUCUGAGCCUAUGCAACUUGCUCAAUUGAUCAUUCCAAUUGAAGCAGCUCAUCAAACCAUCUCUUACCUCGGCGAUCUCGGUCUUUUUCAAUUCAACGAUCUUAAUGGCGAUAAAAGCCCGUUCCAACGAACUUAUGCUUCUCAGGUUAAAAGAUGCGGAGAAAUGACGCGAGCAAUGCGGUUAUUCAAAGAACAAAUGACAAAGGCUGAUAUAUCCCCCACGACACGAUUAACACGAAAUGCUGGUGUUGAUCUUGAAAAAUUAGAGAGUAAACUGGCGGAACUUGAAGUUGAUCUACUCGAGAUUAAUGCGAAUAAUGAGAAGUUGCAACAUGCUUAUAAUGAGCUUUUAGAGUAUAAGCUUGUUCUAGAGAAGGUUGGAGAGUUCUUUCCUUCGGCGCAAAAUAGUGCUGUAGUUCGCCAAAGAGAAUUUGGAGUUCAACCGAUUGUCGAAGGGUCUAUUGACAGUCCAUUAUUAAUCGAACAAGAGAGAACAGCAUACCUGGUAAACCAGAUUAAACUCGGGUUUAUAUGCGGUCUUGUUAAUAGGGAAAAAUCGAUUCCGUUCGAAAGAAUUUUGUUUCGCGCUACUAGGGGAAAUGUGUUUCUGAAACAAGCUAUGGUUGAAGAUUACGUUGUGGAUCCUUUAUCAAGAGAGAAGGUUUAUAAAAAUGUGUUUGUUAUAUUUUAUUCUGGAGAGAGGAUAAAAAAUAAAAUUACCAAAAUUUGUGAUGCUUUUGGAGCAAAUCGUUAUCCUUUUGCAGAUGAUUUGGGUAAACAAUUUCAAACACUGACGGAGGUGUCAGGAAGACUUGCAGAAUUAAAGACAACUAUAGAUAUGGGUUUACUUCAUCGGAGCAAUUUGUUGCAGACAGUUGGAUAUGAAUUUGAGCAAUGGAACCUUUUGUUGAAGAAGGAAAAAUCCAUUUAUCACAUUCUAAAUAUGCUAAGCAUUAAUGUGACAAAGAAAUGUCUCCUUGCAGAAGGAUGGUGUCCUCUUUCUGCAACAAGUCAGAUUCAAAAAGUAUUGUUGCAGGCAACUACAGACUGUAGCUCUCAAGUUGGGGCAAUAUUCCAAGUUUUACAGACAAAGGAGUUACCUCCUACCUAUUUUUGCACAAAUAGUUUUACUUCUUCUUUUCAAGAAAUUGUAGAUGCAUAUGGAAUUGCCAAAUAUCAAGAAGCAAAUCCCGGUGUAUACACGAUUAUUACGUUUCCGUUCCUUUUCGCUGUAAUGUUUGGCGAUUGGGGUCAUGGCAUAUGCUUAUUACUCGCAACUUUGUAUUUCAUAAUAAACGAGAAAAGGUUUUCUUCUCAGAAACUUGGAGACAUAUUAGAAAUGGUUUUUGGUGGAAGAUAUAUUAUUUUGAUGAUGUCUCUCUUCUCAAUUUACACCGGAUUUAUAUACAAUGAGUUCUUCUCCAUUCCUUUCGAACUAUUCGGACCAACGGCCUAUGCAUGUCGUGAUCCUUCAUGCAGGGAUGCUACUACGAUAGGUUUGAUAAAAGUGCGUAACACUUAUCCAUUUGGCGUCGAUCCUAAAUGGCAUGGUAGUCGUAGCGAACUUCCAUUUCUUAACUCUCUGAAAAUGAAGAUGUCGAUUCUUCUAGGAGUAUCUCAGAUGAAUCUCGGAAUCAUAUUGAGUUACUAUAACGCAAAAUACUUUGAAAACAACAUAAAUAUAUGGCACCAAUUUGUUCCGCAGGUGCUAUUCUUGAAUAGCCUAUUUGGAUACCUUUCACUCCUCAUAAUUGUAAAAUGGUGCACUGGAUCAGAAGCUGACCUCUACCAUGUGAUGAUAUACAUGUUCCUAAGUCCAACAGAUGAUUUGGGUGAAAACCAACUCUUUGCUGGCCAGAAGUUUCUUCAAAUUAUGUUACUACUUUUGGCGCUUGUAGCUGUACCAUGGAUGUUAUUGCCAAAGCCUUUUCUCCUAAAGAAACAACAUAAAGAAAGGCAUAAAGGUGAAUCUUACUCUCUGCUCUUUACCGGCGAUGAUCCUCUUGAAUCACAGCCAGACGGUGCUCACCAUGACAAGGAUGAUUUUGAUUUCAGUGAGAUUUUUGUGCACCAACUUAUACAUACAAUAGAAUUUGUGCUUGGAGCUGUGUCCAAUACUGCUUCAUAUCUUCGUUUAUGGGCCCUCAGUCUAGCUCAUUCAGAGUUGUCAAGUGUUUUCUACGACAAAGUCUUACUUCUGGCACUAGGGUAUAACAAUACUAUUGUUCUCAUUGUUGGUAUUGUCGUUUUUAUAAGCGCGACGGUUGGCGUCUUGUUAAUAAUGGAAAGCCUAAGUGCUUUCUUGCAUGCUUUAAGACUUCAUUGGGUAGAGUUCCAGAACAAAUUUUAUGAGGGAGAUGGUUACAAGUUCUUCCCAUUUGCAUUUGCAACACUUGGUGAUGAGGAUGGAUUGUAG